AUGAAUCCGAAUAGGGCCAAAGAAACCCACGAUUUCAACAAGUACGUGGCCGAAAGCCUUCCGCCGACCCGCGUUUUCCUUGAACAACGCCUUCCGUCAGCGGAUUUGGGUCCAGCUGCUCCGAUGUCUCACCAUGACGUGUUCCAUUCCACGGGGCACGAGUAUUGCACAUACUCGGACAUCACACGCACUCAACACGCUGAGCGAAAGCGCCCCGGCACCAUCGUGGAGCCGCCGCCCCCCAAACGUUUCUUGGGCAACAAUGGGCCGUUUGAUGGUUUGCAAGACGAUAAGGCUCGGGGAAACUCACAGCUAACGAUCUCCCAGAGCAUUGCUGGUCCAAGCGGUUCGUCUGGUAUUCUCAAGACCUUCCGCCGCAUCAACAAAACCGCGCCGAGUCCGGACUCUUCAACGACCACUCGCGCCCACAUCGACGGAAUUCUUCGGGAGGCCGAUGAACAUGAUGAGAACCUGGCUCAUGUUGAGACCUACUACGAAUAUCGGCCGUCGAAGCUAAAAGCGGGCCUUUCUCAUCCAGACAGUGUCGUCGAGACUGCUACUCUGAGCAGUGUAUCGCCACCUAACAUCGCGUAUAUCCAUCAGAUCCCCGAUUCGGUGAUUGACAAUGGGCUUAUUUCGUCGCUACAGCUCGAAUCCAUGAUCUAUGCUUGCCAAAGCCAUGAAACUAAAUUGCCAAAUGGCGAGCGUGCCGGAUAUUUGAUAGGUGACGGUGCCGGUGUUGGAAAAGGGCGAACGAUUGCGGCAAUGAUCAUGGAGAAUUAUCGAAAUGGGCGCAAACGCUCAAUUUGGCUUUCCGUCAGCAAUGAUCUGCGUUUUGACUCGUCACGUGACUUGCAAGAUAUCGGCGCUCGAAAAAUCCAGGUUCAUCAACUAACCAAACUGAAAUAUGCUCCGAUCAAUAGCGCGGAGAAUGGCAAGAUCAAGAAGGGUGUGAUAUUUGCCACUUAUACAUCUUUACUUGGCGAAUGUCGUACAGGCAACUAUCCCGAUUACCGCACACGCAUGCAACAGCUGAUCCGUUGGUUUGGCGAGGACUAUGAUGGUUUAAUCGUUUUUGAUGAAUGUCACAAAGCAAAAAACCUGAUCCCGGCUGGCGCUGGCGGGAAGCCGACAAAGACGGGAAAGCUGGUACUAGAGCUGCAAGAAUCUCUGCCGAACGCGCGUAUUGUCUAUGCUUCGGCAACGGGAGCUUCAGAGCCUCGAAAUAUGGCAUACAUGAGUCGUCUCGGUCUUUGGGGAAAAGGAACAACGUUUCCAAAUUUCUUCUCCUUCUUGAAUGUUAUCGAGAGGCGUGGAUUGGGAGCAAUGGAGAUUGUGGCAAUGGAAAUGAAGAGUCGCGGUCUCUACCUGGCCAGGCAACUAUCGUUCCGAGGUGUUUCCUUCAAAACUAUGAGGGUACCACUAACCGAGGAAUAUGCUAGGCUCUAUGAUGAAUCGGUGAAACUUUGGAUGGAAGUUAAGCGACAAUUUCAAAUAGCCGCUCAGCAACUUCCAGAAGAACAACGACAUAACAUGAAGCUGAUUUGGGGUCAAUUCUGGGCCUGUCAUCAACGAUUCUUCAAAUAUCUUUGUAUCGCUUUUAAGGUGGAAGCAUGCGUCCAACUUUGUGAUGAAGCGAUGGCUGAUGGGAAAUGUAUUGUCAUUGGUCUACAAUCAACUGGCGAUGCUCGUACGAAAGAAUUGGUCGAAGACGGCGUUGAGAUUACGGAAUUCGUCUCGACUGCAAAGCGUGUUUUGCAAGAAUUGAUCAUACGCUAUUUCCCUGAUUCCAUGGAUGGUUCGGAGGAUGAGGAUCCGCUCAAAUAUUUUGAGUUUGGGCGCAGACGAAGCAAGAAGAAGACUGCAAAGCUUCCCUGGGAUGCUUUGAAUGGAAAAACGGCAACAAAUGGAAACGGCGCUGUGAAAAAGCCAAAUGGUUCUGCAGAGUGUACAGACUCGACUGGUGGAAGUGAAUCUGAUGCUGAAGCCUCGUCCGACAUUUCUGUAUCAAGCGCUAAUCUUUCCGACUUUACGGAUACAGAAGUGAAACAUGAUGACGCAAAUUGGGAAAAGAAGCUGCAACAAGAGGCUUUAUCAUCCGGAUCUGAGAGAGACGAAACAACUGAUCCAGAUGAUAUGGAUUCGAUCACCCAUGUUGAUGCGAUCGCCCCAUUCCCGGAAGACACUGAAUCAUCUGACGACGAGGAAUAUGAAGAAGAUUCGUCUGUCUUCUUCAAUCCCUUCGAAUUCGACUAUUGCAACGAAAUUCCUUACGAAAAUCGUCAGCGUCGAAAACAAUUGGUACACUCGAAAGUCAGGGACCCGCUAAAAGAACUGAAACGUAGCAGGGAUAAACGCGAACGGCGUCUUGCGAACAAACGACUAGCCCGCAAGAAGCAAAGGAAACGCCGCGAGCUCGAUUCGAUGCGAAAAAGGAAUGAACUCGCAAAACAAGCAGCAGCGAAUCCGAGCGCAUCCGAAUUUAUGAAAUCGACUAAACUCUGUGAUGAUUCUUACUAUGAUUCUCUUGAUGUGAAGAAUAAGCUGCUCGCCAAAGUGGAAGAAUUGGGAAAGGAUCUGCCGGCGAACACCCUCGAUCAUCUGAUCAAUCGACUCGGAGGGCCAGAUAAUGUUGCUGAGAUGACCGGUCGUCGCUAUCGCAUCAUUCAAACAGAGAGCGGAGAAAUUACACACCAACGCAGAAAUGACAAAACGGAUGUGGCGCUCGAAUUGAUCAAUAUGGAGGAGAAGGAGAAUUUCAUGAGCGGACGAAAGAAAGUGGCCAUCAUCUCGGAAGUGGCUUCUUCCGGAAUUUCUCUACAGGCCGACAAGCGGGCGAUUAACCAAUUGCCGCGUGUACACAUCACCCUCGAAUUGCCAUGGUCGGCCGAUAAGGCUAUUCAACAAUUCGGUCGUACUCAUCGUUCGAAUCAAGUCGUCGCGCCGGAAUAUAUAUUCUUGAUUUCGGAAUUGGCUGGAGAACAGAGGUUCGCCUCAACAGUGGCUAAACGUUUGGAGCUGCUCGGCGCCCUCACGCAUGGUGAUCGCCGUGCCACAGAAACGCGCGAUUUAAGCAAGUUCAAUCUUGACACGAAAUACGGACGGAUGGCACUGGAUAGUACGUUGAGGUCUAUUACUGGCGCGCUACGACCUCCAUUGCUGCCGGAGCCAGACAAUUAUACGCCGGGACCUUUCUUUAGAGAUAUGUGCAUCUACCUUGAAAGUGUGGGUGUGCUCGCUCUUUCAAAUGGUGUCUACAUUGUUGACAAGGAGGGCCAAAAAAUCUCCAAGUUCCUGAAUCGAAUCCUUGGCCUGCCCGUGUACGCUCAAAGCGCCCUCUUCUCCUAUUUCUCGGAUAUUUUGGAGGAACUUGUGCACAAAGCGAAACAGGAUGGAACCUUCGAUCUCGGCAUCAUGGAUCUAAGUUCCGGGGAUCAUGUUCAAAAACAAGACACCCGGACAUAUGAUGGCGUUUAUUCGAACGGCAAAUUCCACGUUGAGCUGCACAAGCUUUCGGUGGAUCGUGGAUGCAGCUGGACAGAAGCCAUCGAGAUUUCCAGCAGCCACAAAUUGCCUGAAGAUGGCUUUUACUCAACAUCCGAAUCAACUCGAGGAACGCCAUGCUGUGUCCUCGUCUAUACUUUGGCUAGCCGCAGAUUAACGGAUACCGAUAGAAUCUACGCUGUGACAAGGCCUUCAACGGGUCGAUCGACACGUCUAGAAACGCUUGCCGAAAUCAAGAAAAAGUAUGUCAAAAUCGAAUUGCCGAAAGCCGAGGAAAUGUGGAAGAAGCAAUAUGAUGCCUCUGCAAAGCAAUGUCAACAUCAAUUCUUGUUCGGAAGCUGCCGGAAUCAAGACGAGAACCACAGCUUCUGCGAAUAUGGUCGGCGGCUUCGAACAUAUUUCGUGCUGGCUGGCAUGGUUCUCUCGAUUUGGCCACUUCUCGAAGAGAUCAGCCCACAAACAACACAAUCCAACUUGGCGUCGUCUCGAAUUCAGGUUGUCCGUGUAUGCACUGAUGAGGAUCAGAAAAUCGUUGGUGUCCUGAUUCUGCCGAGCAAUGUGCGCAAGCUGAUGGCUAAGAUUGCUGAAUACUCGACAAGCUCCCAGGCAAUUGACCAUCGAAAAGAGAAGAAGCAAAAUGGAACGAGCGACACGUCGAGCAACAGCAGCCCCGGAGCGGCCAAAGCCGACGAGCAGCCGGACAAUAAGCCGAAAAAGACCGAAACUCCGCCUCCCAAG